AUGGGCGAAACAGCCCCGCGUCAAUACGUUCCUUUGACAUGCCACGGCCACUCGCGGCCGGUUCCUCACCUUAGCUUUUCACCGUUGGAGAAAGACGAUGUUUAUUACAUGAUUUCUGCUUGCAAGGAUGGCAAUCCCAUGCUUCGCGAUGGUCAAACGGGUGACUGGAUCGGAACUUUUCUGGGGCACAAAGGCGCUGUCUGGCAGGCGAGACUGAGCCCUGAUGCCUCGACUGCUGCAACCGCAUCUGCCGACUUCACAGCCAAGAUUUGGGACACUCAUACUGGAGAGCUACUGUUUAUUCUCCAGCACGAACAUAUCGUUCGUGCUGUCGCUUAUCCUUUCGACCGAUCGGAUUUGAUAGCGACCGGCGGCUUUGAGAAGAAACUCCGCAUUUUCGAUCUCCAGGAAGCAAGGAAACAGGGUCAGCCCACCGAUGCUCAGGGAAUUGCCCAGCCCAUUACCAUCGAGCCGAGCAAGGCCUUUGAGAUCGGGGAGGGUGUUCACAAAGAGGCCAUCAAGUUCAUUGUCUGGGCGCGGGAUCCUAGCAUCAUCGUCACAGCCUCAGGCGACACACUUCGCUGGUUCGAUAUCCCUAAGCGGGAGUGCAUCCGUGAGGCAAAACUUGACGGCGAGAUCAAGUCUUGCGAGCUCGUGUCUCUCGCGCCCUCCUACACCUCUCAGACCGACAUCGGCGGUGGCCUUCCCGUCCUGGCCGUUGCUGCGGGAAAGACUGCUUAUUUCUGGGGCGGUAUGCGAGCUGAUGAGGAGCUUAAGCAGAUGAAGCUUUCCCAUGGCAUCGCAAGCGUUGGAGUUGACCUCAAGAAUCGAAAGAUUGUUGUUGGAGAAGAGCCAGGCACUUGGGCCCGCGUCUACGACUGGGAAGAUGGCAAGGAGCUCGAUGUGCACAAGGGCCACCAUGGCCCUAUCUGGUCGAUUGCAUUUUCCCCUGAUGGCAACCUUUACGCAACUGGCUCGGAAGAUGGCACUAUCAAGAUGUGGAAGAACUGUGAGGGUUACUAUGGGCUCUGGAGGGGUGGCGUCUCGAACAAUAACACCGACUAG